AUGUUGGCAAAACAAAAAUUUUUUCCAAAAAAAUUAGAUAACUUAAAUAAACAGAAAGAAUCGUUUUCAAAAGCUUUGUCUGUAUCACAAAAGCGUUACUUGCGUCAUACAAAGUUUCGUAUAGAAUUGCUAAAUGCAAAAAAACCCCAUUCAAUAGGAGAAACUUUAGUACUACCAGCAGCUAUUGACAUAAUAGCUACGAUGUUUGGUGAAUCAUAUGCUGAUCAAAUUAAAAGCAUUCCGCUGGCAGAUAAUACGGUGGGAAGACGAAUAUCAGAUAUAUCUGAUGAUCUUUGCGAUCAGUUGAUAGAAAAAAUUAAAUUAUCUUCUUUCGCGUUGCAAGUAGAUGAGGCUACCGAUGUUGCUAAGGAUGCACACUUAAUAACAUAUAUAAGAUAUGUUAUGGAAAAUGAUAUUAGAGAAGAGUUGUUAUUCUGUAAGGCAAUUGAAGGCAAAGCUACGGCGAGUGAAAUUUUUAAUAUGAUUGAUAACUUUUUUAUUGAAAAUGGUAUUUUAUGGGAGAACUGUGUUGGACUGUGCACUGAUGGAGCUCCAUCUAUGGCAGGAAAAAAUGCUGGUCUGCAGGCCCUAGUUCGAAAAGUGGCUCCUCGUGCAGUUUGGACGCAUUGUAUGAUUCAUAGGCAAUCUCUUGUUGCAAGAAAUAUGGGUGAAGAAUUACUUGAAGUAUUGUUAAUUUGUUGUUAA